AGUAAGAACACAUGGAGGAGGGCUGAUGGCAAUGGGCGGGAUUCGGAACGAAAAUGAUAGCUCUGGCCCGAGACCCAGACAGUAGUAGUUCAUCCAGGUAAUCUUAGAGUUAUCCUUGAUCUCAACGACGAUAAAAACUCAAAGGCGGUGUUUUAAAGCUCUCCUCCUUCCUGGAUCCGGGGAGGCCACUAGUGGACUCCACAAAGUUCGAAACUGCCGCCCUUUUCUCAGCUCCUGGAUCCAUGAUCUAUUUGAUCCAUUGGGUGGAUGUCUAGUGUCCGUUUUGAUCCGCACCUUCUUGGACUCAAACAAGGACGAAAGACCAGACCCCACUCGCGCCAUUCACCCUUGAGAUUGUCAUCAAUUAUUCGCCCAGUAGUGUGUGUGUGUGUGUUUGUUUGUUUGUGGCUGGCUUUCCUCAUGCUGGGCACAAGGGAUGGUCAGUGUUUCGUCUUUCACGGGUGCCACCUGGAACUGAGUCCUGCCUCAAGGCUAGACCAGCAAUACACCGGAUUCUCCCCUGUUUUUGACUGAUCGCAGAUAGAAUCGUCCGGGGGGUCGGCGUCUCCCCCUAGGUCCCUAGGUCCCUAGCUUUGAGUUCAUCGGUUUGAAUGAUGAGCGGUAGGGCUACCCUUGGCCGUUCUUGGCUGGGGCUGGCGGCCAGAGGCCCCAAUGGUCCCACAGGCCCUGGAAUUCGGCUGGCAAUAGGAAGUCUGGGUGAGUUCACGCCAUGCUCCAGCGCCAGCCCCAGCGGGUUCAAGAUUUCCAUUGAGUCGUGUGGUUGUCUAUGGGGUUCGUCCCCUUUUAAUCCGGGUAACGGAUUUCCGGGCCGAUUGUUAUUAUGGGCCGGCCAAAGCCACAGACUUUUGAGCGCGUCAACGCGAACCUUUGCCCCAGAAGAGCCGAGCUCAUCGGGGCCCUCGGGCAAAAUGGUCCGCGUGGACACCCCCACGAAGUCCAGCAUCACGUACGACCGGAACUUCAUCACCACCACUAGGGCCUUACGCGACUUUAUGCUCAAGCCUUCCGAUCUGAAAAGCCUGAGGGUGACCACGCGACGGAGCCCGAACGAAGUCGACCCACCGUUGAGCGUGUAUUGGCGCAAGGAUGUGGAGGCCAAGGCCCGCGAAGUGUGGGGUUCAAUGGAGGCCGUGGACAUUGCCAGGGAAAAGCGAGAGCUCCAGGACAUGCAACGCGAACAAUUCAAUUCCCUGAUCAAACGAUUUGCCGUGAGGCGACGUCAAAAACGGCUUCUUCAACGAGAAAAUUGGCCCGUUCGACCGUUGCGACUGGAUCCGGAGCCCGGUCUUCAAGGCAGCUCGGGCAAAGUGGUCUUGGCUGCCAUAGGGAUUAAUUCGAUCAAUUGUGUCUGUAAAUUUGGUGCUUGGUUGUAUACCGGAUCUCAUGCUCUGUUUUCGGAGGCCGUCCAUUCGUUGGCCGACACGCUCAAUCAAGUCAUCUUAGCCUACGGCAUUCACAAGUCCAUCAAAAAGCCCAAUGAAGAUCACCCGUACGGGUACUCCAACAUGCAGUACGUGUCUUCCCUCAUAUCUGGUGUGGGUAUAUUUUUCUUGGGCUCUGGCCUGUCGGUAUACCAUGGAAUUGCCGGGCUUCUCCAGCCUCAUGAGAUGGAAUCCAUUCACAUUGGACUCGCCGUUUUAGGGGCUUCCUUCCUGUCAGAGAAUAUCACGCUCGGCUUAGCCAUUCGGUCCAUUCGUGAGAGUGCCUCAGCUCAAGGCAUGGGCCUUUUUGAAUACGUAGUGGGAGGUUACGAUCCUUGCGUUAACGUGGUCUUGUUGGAGGAUAUGGCCGCCGUGCUAGGUGUAGUGAUCGCCGGCAGUGCCAUGGGCUUGUCGUUUUACACGGGGAUCCAUAUUCCCGAUGCGGUUGGCUCGAUCAUGAUCGGUGGACUUUUGGCCACAGUGGCCGGUUUUAUGGUCCACACUAACACCAAUGCUUUGGUGGGUAGAUCUAUUCCCGAAGACAAGCUGCGGCUUAUCAAUAAGGAACUUGAGGGAGACAUCAUGGUCCGACAAGUGCAAGACGUGAAAGGUAUCGAUAUGGGCAAUGGAAUUGUCAGAUACAAGGCCGAGCUGGAUAUUGACGGCCGGGAGUUGGCCAAGUACUAUUUACAGAAGAACGACUUGCCCAAGAUGCUGCUAGAAGUGCAAGCCAUCAAAAGCGAAAAUGAUCUCAAUCUGUUCAUUCUGCGACACGGGGAGAACAUCGUGGAUUGUCUGGGUGAACAAGUGGAUCGAAUUGAGAAGCAGCUCAAGGCCAAACAUCCUGAAGUUAAGCACGUGGACCUCGAAGUUCUCUAAGUACCAGUGCUAUUUCGAUAGUGUCGACUAGUGGAAUGAACACUGCUGAUUUGAUAGUAUCGACUAGUGGAAUGAGCCUCUCGUCAGAAUCAUUCAAUCAGUAAUACAUGUAUUGUGCACAUUUACACACGGUUAGAGUGAAGCGGAACGAUCAGUCUUCAUUGAAUUGCCUUAUUUUGUUAAGUUUCUAGAAGCUGGAAAAAGAAAAAUCCAAUUGAUAACACCAA